ACCAGUACUAUACUGAAUCGAUAGUGGCGCAUAUGUCACGAAAAUGAUAAUCCGAAAACGUGGGACAUGGAAAAACAUUGUACACCACGUCUAUUCUGUAUCUCGUCUGUGCUUUUAUACUAUAAAAAAUACACACUUCCCUACCGCAGAUAUAACAUCCCAUUUGAUACUUGUCAUAUUGUCAUCUUUCGUAUAUGAAUCGUCUGCUAUAUAAUGAUGAAUAGUAUUUAAAUUAAAUUUACAUAAUAUUACUGAAAAGAUGACAUUAUAUCAUUUUGGAAAUUGUUUAGCUUUAGUUUAUGUCCCAUAUUAUCUUACCUAUAAAUAUUCAGGGUUAUCAGAAUAUGGUGCAUUUUGGAAAUGUAUUCAAGCUGGAGGUAUUUACAUAUUUACACAAUUAGUAAAAAUGCUGGCACUUGCUACUUUUUUCCCUACAGCAGAUAACGUAGGAGGUGAAGGUUAUGAUUUAAUUGGUGAAUUUUUAAAGUCUUCGAUAGAUUUAGCUGAUUUAGUAGGAAUUUUAUUAUCAUUGAACAAUAUACCCGGUAAAGGGCAUGCAAAAAUUUUAACUGCUGGAGUUGGAUGGGCUGGAGCUGAGGUAUUACUUACUAGGUUCCUCCUAUUAUGGGUAGGAGCAAGAGGCGCAGAAUUUGAUUGGAAAUACAUUCAAAAGAGUCUCGAAUCUAAUAUUAAUUUAGUACAACAUAUAACUACAGCAACACUUGUAUGGUUAUGGUCACGACAUGAUCUAAAACGAAGUUUAGUUCCAAUAGUAGUUGGUAUGCUUAUACUUACAGUAUAUAGGCCACUUAUUUUAGAUUUUCUCCUAGUAUUUUUUUUAACUGGCCCAUGGUCAGCCCUUAUUGUUAAAGCUACUACUACUUUCAUCAUGGGUGUUACGACAUUAUAUAUGUAUGCUGGUCUUGCUCAUUCCAUAGGCAUCUUUUGAAGAACAUUAUGUGUAUGUUUUAAAAGAUCAAUAUUUUAAUCAUAUUACCAUACACAUUACAAAGUAAAUCUUAUUCUACUACUAAAUUAUGUCAUUGUUCUACUAACAUUUUAUUUUAUAUAAUAAAAAAAAUUGUACCAAUAACAAUAUUAUGCAUAGAAACAAUCCUUUAUUUUCUUUUAUGUUACAUUUCGAUAUUUAAACUUGGCAUUCUUUUCACAAUUUUCAAAACAUAAUUUGUGUUGGAAAAACGAUUAAAAUAUUAUUAUUCUGAAGUAUCAUUAAACUUAUAAAUAAGAAAAACAAGAAUGUAAAUUUGGGUAUAUUUGUUAAAUAUGAUUGUAAAUACUUAUCUUUUUAGGAACAGUAAUUUUUUUAAUUUUUCAGAGAAUAAUACAAAAUUGUAAUUAUGUUGUUACUAGAAAUGGAUCUAUAUUAUUUCUAAUCUUCAUCUAAUACUUUACAUAUUUUUAGCAAAUCUUUAUACAUAUUCAAUGCA